AAGUAAAGAAUUUACAACCAAUCAAAAGUCCUUAUUUUACCACAGCCACCAGUCAAGCCACACUGGAAGAUGGCUGAUAGGCUAGGCAGCUAGCUGACUCAGCCCGUCAGAACUUCUGAAGUCAGGAUUGCUUUUCUCAACUAUCCGCCUUGACUCGUGAAAGAUGGAAAACCUUCUGGAAGUGGAAGGAGCAAUUUAGCCGGCACAUCUUCGGAAAAUCAACCGGAACUCUCUCGUCUGCAGCCCAGCAUGACCCCUUGGAAUUUCCCAAAGUCUGCCAAUACGACAGACCCAGACCAUGUGUUGCUCAGCUUGUCAACCACACGUGGAGGUCAGAAAUACCCUGAUUUUGUGUUCACUUGUCAGCGACGAGUUAUGCACAGCAUGUUGCUAGCCCGAUGAAAGAUUCAGAAUAAGCAACUCAAAAUGAGGAGUAUGAGCAGUAGGAAAUGGGGGAAGAUGAGCGAGAAGCGUUACGUGGGUGGUUCUGUACUGUUGCACAGCAGUCCGGUCUAAUCUUUGGAUCAAGAAAGAAGAAUCAGGGAAGACAUGAGUUGGAUCUCACGGGCUGUCUUGUAUUCGGUGGUUGGAGAUGGUCUCUGUCCGCGGCGUUUCGACUCUGGCAGCAGUGGAAAAAGGUCGCUCUGAGACGCGAUGCAUCUUGUUCCAACCCACUCUAUUAUCCUGCAGCAGCCCACCUACAGACUUUACCUCGACAUCUCUGGCGGACAAAACGGUGCAGUUUGGCAGCUAUAAGGGCACCUCCUGCACCUACAUCAGACCACAUUUCCCGUCCGGGGACGUCUCAGCCUGACCCAUCGUCCCACCAUCGUCUCAUCGGACAACCGCCCAUAGUCAUAGGCUCUCUCAUCGAAGGACGUAUGCUGCAGCACCACGCAUGCGCAGGCACGCCAGGUGCACCAGGCACGAAUUGCAAUUACAUUCCGCAGUCUAUGGACCCGUCCGAGUCUUAUCCCGCCGCUGCUCGCCACACCACCAACCAUCCAAGUGUUGAUUCAACAAGCCAUUCUCCGCUUGCAGAGGAAGGAGCAGCAAGACGGAUUGCAGCAGCCUCACGAUCCAUCCAUCUCAUCCCCCCACCCGAGACCAUCCCCUAAUGCACAUCCAGACCUGACCGCUCGCAACGCCGUACCCGUUUCUCGUCUCACGAGACACACCAGUGGGUAAAAGAUUCAAGAACGCCGACAAUGCUAAGCUGGGAUGGAAGAUGGCGGUGAUCGGU